CACUUCCAUGAGGUUUGGAGUUGCUUUGUGUAUUCACACUAAGUUGCGAAGGGGCAACAAUUUAGACGAAGAAAUAAGGUAAACUACGAUUUCGUUCACAGUUCCGUCGUCGUUGCCGCGUCGUCAUCGUCAAUGCGAAUCUUACAUCAAAACAGACCCCUUCCCAAGCAAAUACCGCGCUUAUGUUUUCGAUUUCAGUUUCCUCCUCACCUUCGUAAGCCUCGGUUGGAUAAGAUAGUGCGCGCGUCAAAGCCAAAUUAGUCGGAUUUGUGUCGUCGCGGCAGUGUGCCGAUGUUUGUGUCAAGGUCGAUUAUUCACAAUGCUGGAACUCGCGUUGACGGUUUUGAAAAUCGCCUACAAUUUAAUAGUGUUCUUAAUUAAGGGCAAAUGUCUUAAGUUGUGGCCAGAUGCCAAUCGGCCAAUUGUAUCGGUUCGCCAAGGAAAGCUUCGGGGAAUAACUGCGCAACUACCGAAUGGGUCCCGCUAUCACUACUUCAAAGGGGUGCCCUACGCUAAGCCACCCGUAGGAGAGCUACGCUUCAAGCCUCCGGUUCCGCUUGACAGCUUCGACACUCCGGUACUUGAUUGUGCAAUGGAGCGAAGCGACUGCAUACAACGUGAUUUGUUCACUAACCGAAUUAGAGGAUCGGAGAAAGGGCUUUACUUGAAUGUUUUCGCACCGGAUUACACGACAAAUAAUGAGAGAACGUUUCCAGUGAUGAUUUAUAUCCAUGGAGGCGGCUUUUUAGCUGGAUCAGGAACCAGCUUCUUCUAUGAUCCAAUUUAUUUUGUUCAGGAAGGAGUGAUCGUGGUGACACUAAACUACCGAUUGGGACCUCUUGGGUUUCUUAGCUUUCCUAGCGCUGGAAUUGCAGGCAAUGCUGGUUUAAAAGAUCAGCUACUAGUAUUCAAAUGGGUUAAAGAGAAUAUUGCUCAGUUCAGUGGAGAUCCUAAUAAUGUAACGGUGUUUGGUGAAAGUGCUGGCAGCAUAUCGGCUUAUUUGCAUUACCUUUCAGAGAAUUCCAGUAAAUAUUUCAACCGAAUAAUAUGCCAGAGUGGUAUUCCCAGUACCGAAACUUUUUUCCAAACAACUGGUGAUGAGAAAGCACGAAAGCUGGCUAAACUUCUUGGAUGCAUCGGUUCUUCAGAUGCCGAAGCUUUGGAAACAUUAAUGAAAGCACCAGCGGCAGAGCUCAUCAAACAUCAGCACAAAUUGCUAACAAGAGAGGAGAAACGAUUGGGCUACAAGUUUGCAUUUUCGCCGGUGAUCGAGACCUUGCAAUCCGAAGAAAGUAUAAUCACAGAAACCCCGGAGAAAAUCAUUAAAUCUUCACGUUCAUUAGAAAAACCAAUCAUUGACGGAUGCAACAGCGGAGAAGGCAUAUUGACUCUGUUUCUAAUGAAUGGGAAACACGACUUGGGCAACACCGAACCAGAUCGUUUUGUCCCAAUAUUUUUGAACACUCCUAAAGACCUUGACCGAGUGAAAUUAGGCAAAGAGAUCAGGAAUUUCUACUUUGGUGACAAACUGGUGUCAAAAUCUACAUAUAAUCAACUGUCAGAUGUUAUGGCUGAUAAUUACUUUAUUACAAGUUCAGUGAUCAAUGCAGAAUGGUUGGCAAGGCACCAGCCUAAAGUGAAUCAUUAUCACUAUCGCUUUACAUUCGACGGCCGGUUCAGCAUAACGAAAAAGCUUUUCAAUCAAACACACGUAGAUGGUGCAUGCCACGGAGAUGAUGUUUUCUAUAUGUUCAGUCCGUUGUACUUGUCCAAGUUACCUGAAGAAAGCGCUGAAUGUUGCAUCCGAAGUACAUUUGUCAAGCUGUGGACAAACUUUGCCAAAUAUGGAGAACCAUCGCCAGACCAUGACGAAGAUUUGCGAUUUAAGUGGAAGCCAGUGUCUAAAACGACUAACCGUUCUGCCGAAUUCAGAUUAGAAUGUUUGGAGAUAAACAUAAUUCCUAAAAUGAUCGAAGAUCCUUACCCAGAGCGAAUGAAAUUUUGGCGGAAUUUGAUAAACACUCAUCGAAGCGGAUAUCUGUGAUAUUAGUCUACUGUUUAACCUCUGAAAUACGCGGCGCAUAAUUAUCAAUCGUUAAUAAAACAAUUGAAUAACUUGAA